AUGUCAGACAAGAAAUUACGAUCUCACGCGGGUCCUCACGUACAUACUAAGUCAUCCGACGCCAUUCCAAAAAACGAGCUUGGUCAAAAACAACAAACUGAAACAGGACAAGUGAAGAUUCAAGUUGAAGGGAAGAAGCCAGUGUAUUGGAACGAUUUGUUUACUGCAAAUAUUUUUCCACACAGAGUUGAAGAUGAUUCACCUUCCUCGGUCAAAGACGAAACCGAAAAUAACGAAGCAUCAUCAUCAAUGCGUAGUCUCUGA